UCCACAGAGAUCUCUGAAGGACCACUGAAGAAGAUGUUGAGGCGAAGGCCUUCCAAUGCCUCGGAGAAGGAGCAGGUGCAGAAGAAAAAGCUGACUCUACAGAGGUCCAGCAGCUUCAAGGAUUUUAUGAAGCACAAACCCACCUCUCCUGUUGUGUCAGAGAAGGAGUUUAACUUGGAGGAGAAUGUGGCAGAGGAUGUAACAGCAGAGGAAGCAGUGAAAAGUGGCAGCAAACUGGGAAAGAAAUGGCGCAACGUCAUCUCACGUACCAUGACCCGCAAAACAUCCAAGAUGGUGCAGAAGGCUCUGGCUGAAGAGGGGGCUGAGAGUGGUGAGGAGCUGUCUCCGGUCUCUUCUGAUUGGCGUCCAGAUCUGUGUGCAGGACAGAGGACGUCUGUGUGCUCCACAGGGUCAGAGGACACGGCGCCCAGCCUCGUCAGCCGCCAGCUCUCAGGCAGUAGCGACAGACAGAGCCUGGACAGUGGAUACUGCCAGAGAGACAGCAUGAGGCUGGAGGAGAACGGCGUCUCUUACAACGGACCUUUCUGUGGUCGAGCUCUGGUCCACACUGACUUCACUCCCAGCCCCUAUGACGUGGAGUCACUCAAACUCCAAAAAGGAGACAUUAUCUACAUCAUUGAGAAGCCUCCUGUGGGGACCUGGACAGGAAAGCUCAAUAACAAAAUGGGCUCCUUUAAGUUCAUCUACGUCAACCUGCUGCCUGAUGAGAGCCCCCCAGCUAGAAGGAGACGCUGCAAUAGCAAGAACCGCCAUUCCAAAUCCAAACCCAAAACCCUGGAGGAGGUUCUGGACAGCAUCGGUCUUACUGAGCUGAGUUCUUUGCUGUCCAUGCACGGUUUUCAGAGCCUGGAAGACUUUGCAGGACUGAAGGAGUCUCACCUCAAUGAGCUAAACAUCACAGACCCAGACAAGCGCUCCAAAAUCCUGAAUGCCUCUGAACUGCUGAGAGACUCUGAAGACGAGUCAGAGCCAGAAGAGGAGGACAAGGAGCCGAGGGACUCUGGCUGUUUUGAGAGCUCAGAGAACCUGGAGAGCGGACGUGAGGAGCCAAAGACGGACGAGAAACUCCAGGAUGAAGCAGAGAAAGAUGAGCAGCAAGAAGAGAAGCAAACAGAGCAGCUGGACGCUCUGCAGGAGCAGCUGCAGGACCUCACGGUGGACGAAGGAUCUUGAGAAGUGAUGGAAAAACACUUCUUUUAUUCCUGGUUCUCAGGGACUCUUAUAAGAGAGCGGAUUGGUGAUAGGAACAAUGUAAUGUUCAAAUACUGUAUGAACAUGAUGGUCUCCGUUUCCCACAGUUUGCGUGUGCUGUUGAGCAAGCAGCCCAGUUUCUCUUUGUCUGCUGAGUACGCUGUUUAAAUGCCCGUCAUAUUGUUGAUUCCUCCUGAGGAUAUCAUGUAAGGUACCAUUGAAGCAUUUAAAGGUGUUCUCUUUUCUCUUCAUUAUGAUCCUGUUUACAUCACCAUCACACACACACACACACACACACACACACACACGC